AUGUCCACCUCGAAGCGCCCGUCCAUCUUCUCCCGCCUGUCCUCGAGCAGCGCCGCCUCUGUAUCGUCGACCUCGUCAACACGACCUUCCCUCCCUGCAGGUAGCCGCGACACCGUCAGCGCCCGCUACGCGAAGGACGGCAAGGGCUACGACUUCAACCUGAGCUAUCCGUACAGUACGAGCGCUGCCAAAGCCUCCUCGACGCUGUCUUCAUCCGAGCCCGACGUCCCGGUCGAGUGCCGCAAGUUCAAUCUUCGCUACGCCAAGGACGGCAAGGGACACGACUUUACCGCGACAUACGUGAACAUGUCGUCGACAGACUCCUCCACCGCCCUCGUCGCCUCCGACGCAAUGGCCGUGGGGGCGAGCGAGUGCAACACGAACAUGAGAUAUGCUUGGCACCAAGGCCGACAAGGGUCCUGA